AUGGAAUCUACAAGAGAACAAGAAUUUGACGGAGCCCAGGAGAGCACGAGACCCUCCCCAACCUGGACCUACCCUCCUCGAACCUGCAGAUUGUGCCUCGAAGACGUCUAUCCGGUUGUAUCUCUCUAUCCUCCCGGCGUCCCUGCCCGCUUACAGCGUCCCAUCGUUGAGUACAAGAACGAUGACGAGUAUGGCCGGCUCAUCAAACCUUGCCACUGUAAAGGUGGCAUGCGUUAUAUUCACGAGCUCUGUCUACGUCGAUCAAGGGUCGAGGUUCGUCGUUCGGAUUCCCUGUGGAAAUGCCAUCAAUGCGGGUAUCGAUUCAAUUUCAAGAGACUGACCAUUCAAAAAUACUUGGAGAGCAAGAUUGUCUCUGGUGUAUUGACCGUUGCGGUGAUGCUGGUUGUCAUGUUCCUUCUCGGUUUCGUGGCUGAUCCCAUUCUGAACUUUUAUGCCGACCCGUAUGAAACGAUCCUAGGAGAAGAGGAACUCUGGCAGGAAGUCGUCGUCAAUGACUUUGACGAGACUGUGUCUGGAUGGCUAUUGCAUUUCAUCAAGGGUUUUGUCUCGAUGGGUGUAAUGAGUUUUCUUAGGACGAUCAUACUCAACCCUUUCCAAUGGUGGAGCUUGCGCCACAACGGCUUUGUCUCAACUAGGGCUGCUCGACGCGCACCUACAGGUCGGGAUCGUGCGAUGAACAUCAGCUGGAUUGUGAUUGUCAUGGGUAUCCUCUCUGCUACUUGGAUGUUUUAUCAAGGAGUUCAAUCCAUCAUUCGCCGGUCGCUUCAGCAUAUCGGUAACAACAUCGUCGAUACUCAGUUGCCCGGAGAUGAUGACGAUCUCAAACCCCCUCCCAACUGGCGUUAUCAGCCACCUGCCGAUGAUUGUCACGAUCCGCCGGCUACAGACGAAAGAUCAGGUGGACCUUUGGAAGGUGAGACUUCGCUUCAUGAGGAGACACCGAAGUCCGACACUCCGAGAGGAGAUUCUGGGGAGCGAUUAUCAACACGAGCAGAAGCAAAGGACACCGCCGACUCAGCCAGAACUUUGAAUUCGAUGCCAGGAGCAUUCAAUUCUAGUUCUGCUUAUAGCUCCGCACUCGAUGGAAUGCGGGAGCAGGCUUGGUCAUUCCGUGGCAUCUGA